CCCCAGCGUAGCAAAAUGGGAAGGGCAAGUGAGCUGUGUCUAACAAGCUGUUUCCUAUUUGCUCAGCCAUCCAAGGAGUUUGACGAAGACUCCCUAAUCCCCAGCAGCCCUGCGACAGAGACCUCGGACAACAUCAGCCCAGUGGCCAGCCCCGUGCACACAGGGUUCCUGGUGAGCUUCAUGGUGGACGCCCGUGGUGGCUCCAUGAGGGGCAGCCGACACAACGGGCUGCGAGUGAUCAUCCCCCCCCGGACCUGCGCCGCACCCACCCGCAUCACCUGCCGCCUGGUCAAGCCGCAGAAACUGACAACUCCACCGCCCCUGGCUGAGGAGGAGGGUCUGGCCAGUAGGAUCAUCGCGCUGGGGCCCGCUGGCGCCCAGUUCCUGAGCCCUGUGAUUGUGGAGAUCCCACACUUUGCGUCGUACGGGCGGCGGGAUCGGGAGCUAGUGGUGCUGCGCAGCGAGAAUGGCUCCGUCUGGAAGGAGCACCGCAGCCGCUACAGCGAGAGCUACCUGGACCAGGUGCUCAACGGCAUGGACGAAGAGCUGGAGAGCCUGGAGGAGUUGGAGAAGAAGAGGAUCUGCCGCAUCAUCAGCACCGAUUUCCCCCUCUACUUCGUGGUUAUGUCCCGUGUCUGCCAGGACUGCGACCUGAUUGGCCCCGAUGGGGGGUGUCUGAAGAGUACGCUGGUUCCCAUGGUGCAGGCCACCUUCCCGGAGACAGCCGUCACCAAGAGAGUCAAACUGGCUCUGCAGGCGCAGCCCGUGCCGGAUGAGCUGGUGACGAAGCUGCUGGGGAACCAGGCGACCUUCAGUCCCAUCGUCACCGUGGAGCCGCGCCGCAGGAAGUUCCACCGGCCCAUCGGGCUCCGCAUCCCGCUCCCGCCCUCCUGGAAGGACAAUCCCCGGGACAGCGGGGAGGGCGACACCACCAGCCUGCGCCUGCUCUGCAGCGUUAUCGGAGGCACAGACCAAGCGCAGUGGGAGGAUAUCACAGGAACCACAAAGCUGGUCUAUGCCAACGAGUGUGCCAACUUCACCACCAACGUGUCCGCCAGGUUCUGGCUGGCGGAUUGCCCACGCACGGCUGAAGCUGUCCAUUUUGCCACCAUGCUGUACAAGGAGCUGACGGCCGUGCCCUACAUGGCCAAGUUCGUGGUGUUUGCCAAGAUGAACAAUGCACGGGAGGGGCGACUGCGCUGCUACUGCAUGACUGAUGACAAGGUGGACAAGACGCUGGAGCAGCACGAGAACUUCCAUGAAGUGGCCCGCAGCAGGGACAUUGAGGUGCUGGAGGGGAUGCCUCUGCAUGUUGAGCUCUCGGGCAACCUGGUGCCUGUCAAGAAGGCCACGCAGCAGCGCAGCUUCCACUUCCAGUCCUUCCAGGAGAACAGGCUGGCCAUCCCCGUCAAGGUGCGGGACAGCAGUCGGGAGGCAGGUGGCUCACUCUCCUUCCUGCGCAAGGCCAUGAAGUACGAAGACUUGCAGCAUGUCCUGUGCCACCUGAACAUCACCAUGCCACCAUGCACCAAGGGGACUGGCAGCGAGGAGCGAAGGAGGACUCUGACACCAUUGGCUCUGCGAGAGAGAUACAGCAUCCUCAGUGAGAGCACUCUGGGCUCUCUAAGCGGCACGGAGAAGGCUGACGUGAAGAUGGCUGUUAUCUCGGAGCAACUGGGCCUCAGCUGGGCUGAGCUGGCCCGGGAGCUGCAGUUUGGGGUGGACGAUAUCAACAGGAUCCGGGUGGAGAACCCCAACUCCCUGCUGGAGCAGAGCGUGGCCCUGCUCAACCUGUGGGUCAGCCGUGAGGGCAAGAAUGCCAAGAUGGAGAAUCUGUACGCGGCCCUGAGGAGCAUCGACCGCAGCGAGAUUGUCAACAUGCUGGAGGGCUCGGGCCAGCAGAGCCGCAGCCUGAAGGGCGACCGGCAUUACACUGACAAGGACUAUUCCCUCUCGCCCUCCCAGAUGAAUGGUUACCCUUCGCUGCAGGAUGAGCUCCUCUCCCCUGCCUCCCUGCAGUACACACUGCCGUCCCCGCUGCGUGCAGACCAGUACUGGAACGAGGUGGCCAUCCUGGACGCCAUCCCUAUGGCCCCCACUGAGCAGGACGCCCUGCUGGAGUUGUCCGACAUGCAGGUGUGGUCCUCAGGGCUCACCCCCUCACUGGUAACUGCCGAAGACUCCUCCCUGGAGUGCAGCAAGGCCGAGGACUCGGACGCUGUGAGUGAAGGACGCUUCCCGGGGCAGCUGCUGGAUGACGUGCACGGCCCGGACCACCUGGGCUCACUGGAUCUGGCUGAGGACGACACAGUGGAUUCAGAUGCCAUGAAUGGCCUUAUCGACCUGCUGGAGCAGGAGGAAGGUCAGAGGUCAGAGGUGAAACUGCCAGCGUGUGAGCGCCAGGCCGGGCUGGCGGGGGAGCAGGGCUCGGAGGAUGAAGUCUCUUUUGUUUCAGGCCAGCAGAGGGUACAGGCCAGGAUCCUGGAGUCGCCAACUGUGAGCCGAGUCGUGGAGAGGAGCAAGGGCAGGCUGAGGGACUGGAAUGCAGAAGGCUCCUUUGUCUCCUGCCUGCAGGACCUGCCUGAGGGCUCCUGGCAGGAGGGGGUCCCCAGAAGCCCACGUCUGCUGCCCAGAGCGGCCCCUGGUGCAGCCCCCCAGGGGAGGGGCCAGGAGCAGGUUCUGGGGCCCCCGGCCGAGCGUCUGCGAAUCGAUCCCCCCGAGGAGAGCGACUGGCAGCCCCAGCACACGAGGAGCCAGGACUACAGCAAGUGGCUGGAGGAGGCGGAUAGCAGCUUCUUCAGGCAAACAAGGGUGCAGAGGACAAACCCACCUGCCUGCCCAGCAAGUGGUGCAGCCAGCUGGUAUGCAGCGGCUACAAUUACAGCAGCCUGCCCCAGGCUGUGCGCAGAGCAGGGGGCAGCCGAGCCAGAGGCAGGGUGCACACGCCCCACCGCAGAGCAACGCCAGGGCUGGGAUCUAGGCUCUGGGCUCAGCAAGUGGCCAUGCGCUUGUGGCUGUAGCAGACGCACCAUGUUGGCCUUCCUGACCCAGCUGCUGAUCACCCUGGUGCUGCUGGGCUUCUUCCUGGUCAGCUGCCAGAAUGUCCUACACAUUGUCAAGGGCUCUGUGCGCUUCCUGCUCAAACAUGUCCACCAGGAGCUGGACAAGGAGCUGGGCGAGAGCGAUGGGCUGACGGACGACGAGGAGUCCAUCUCCACCAGGGUGGUCCGUCGGCGUGUCAUCGUGAAGGGCAAUCAGGUUCAGGAUAUUCCGGGGGAGCAGGUGACCGAGGAGCAAUUCACUGACGAGCAAGGCAACAUUGUCACCAAGAAGAUCAUCCGGAAGGUGGUGCGGCGGAUCAGCGCGGGCGACGAGGAGAAGGAGGUGAUUCUUGAGGGCUCUCUGCAGGAGCCCCAGGAGCUGGAAGCUGAGGCAGAUCACUUUAUGAAAUAUGCCAUCCUGCAUCAGGACAGUCUGGGCACCAAGGAGGAGGUGCGAGGGCACGUCCCAGAAUCGGAGCUGAUCGGGGGCAGGAUGGGGGCUUACAUAGUGAAACGAGCCAGCCUGAAAAGGGGAAAGCAGUGACCCCCCCCCCAGGGCCUCUUCUGAGGAUCUCACCUCCACCCCGAACCACUGAACUGCAGCCACGUGCGGCCAGCCCCGCGAGGAGAGGCGAGGCGAGAGCGGACAGGCGAUGGGAGCAAGGCUGGCUGUACAUGUUGAUCUAGGCUAAUGGCAUGACUUCUGUAAGAGACUUACUUCCCGUCCUAUUCGCAUGACUGACUGACUGCCAACGCAUGAGCCACAGUUCUUCCUACGGACGGGGACCCCAGGAGCCAGCAGCACCCGGGGCAGGAUUUCCCUGGCAGCGACAGGACUCUGCUGCGCACACCCUGACUCCGGACAGAGCCUGCGGCUAUGAAGGGCUGCCCAGGGCGGGGGCAUCAGCUCCCACCUAUCCCUCAUGUUGUCUCUUGGCUGGGUUUUGCUGCUUCAUCCCCUUCCAAGGAGUGUGUCGGGAGGGGGGAUGUCAGAGCCUAAAGGGGCUGCGGGGGGAGGGCCGAACCGCAGCUCUCGAGGGGGUGCCCCUGGCAAGAGCAGGGGCAGGGGAUUGGCUCGUGGCUGCCCUGCCCCUGUCUCUCCAGGAGCUUCCCCUAGUGUGAGUGUGCAGCUCCCAGCAGCACUGAGUUCCUCGCUUGUGUUGAAAGUGUAAACUGUACAGUACUCAGCCUUGUGUAUAUGAACAAAUCAAUACUAUGCAACGCCCGAGGGCACGCAGCGGUGUGCAGAGCACUGCCCGCUCAGUGCCCGCAUACCUCGCCGGCUGUAGGACAGGGAUGGCCCCUCAGCCCCCAUCAGGGAGGAGCUCUGGCCAGUGCAGCUGGGAAGCUGGAGGUGUCAGAGGGCAACAGAGCCAAACCUCCCAGUGUCAGCCUGGCGCUUUUACUCCCCUUGGCCUUGUUCAUUUCCUGACACCCACCCGGGGCCGGGCAGGGGGCCGGGGCACCUGUGCCAGCCCCUGCCCACUUUGGUUACAGAUGGGGCAGAGCUGAGGGCCUCCCACCAGGCCCUGGUGCCCCAGCGCGGAACGGGCAGGUGGCGAGCACUGGCACAGCCCAGCACCUGCCUCAGCCCAUGCUUGGCUCUACCCAGCACAAUGGCUGUUCAGGAGAGAUGCAAGGAAACAGCAGUGGGGUUUGCACCCCUGUCCUCUGCACCAUUCGUGAGGCCCUCCAGGGUCCCACGGCCUCUCUGAAAGGCUAAAAUCAGCACAGCCCCCGUGUCCCCUGACCCUUCCAGGACCAACCCCCAGUGCCCAGGGCAAAGGAGGCCCAUCAGAGCAGCUCUCCCAGGCUCUUGCACUGCGUCAGCACCACAAACCCUACUGCUGUAGUCCAGCCGGAGCAGACAGGGUCACCCUGCGACCUGGAGUCUCAGCCCCAGGCGCUUUAACUGGGGCCAGCAGAGCUCUGUCCCAGGCUGGCCCCUUGACUCAGCUGUUCCUGCCAACAGCUCUGUCCUGGCAGGAGGCUGGGGGUGGGGUGGGGGGGCAGCUACCUGGGCUAUUUAAAGGCGCUCAGUAGAUGGAACCUGUUGUGACGUGUGACCCCAGGCGGGCUGGUAGCAGGAAGGGGGUGCUGGCUGCCAUGUCCCUCACCUCCCCUAAGGGUGCAGGAAGGAGCCAGGCAGAAACAAUUGGACUUGCGCUUUCCCCAGGAAGUCGCCAUGGCCCCAUCUCAAAGGGGCUGACGUGUUUCCCGGUGGCAACACCCAGGCCGAGCCCACCACUGGAGCCGGGCUGCAGCCGCCAUGCCCAGCAGGCCUUGGCUGGUGGGCAUGUCUAGUAGAAAAGCCCUCUGCUCCCCUGCAGGCUGUGGAAGUGGGGUAGCUGCAGAGACGCGACUAGGCCAGCCCUCUCCUCAGAGAGCAACAAACCACGUAGGGUACAGACCGUCCAUCCAUAACCCUCCGCUCUGUAACAUAAUGUCCCUAGAAUGGCUGACUCUGAUAGCAUCUCCGUAGAGUCUAGUGCGGGCCCCCUGCUUUGGCCUCUAUACUCCGUAGGGAAUGCUCCACUGCACUCGGCCGGCCCCGCGGGAGCCGCUGCUUCGCGCUCUGAUUGCUAGUAGGAGCUGGUAGGGGCGGGGGCGCGCUCGACAUGACGCCUAGAGAAUGCUGCAGGCUGUGCACUAGACGCUUUUUAGAAGUUUUAAAAUAAUUUUAUUUCCUUUUUUACUGUUAUGACAAUGAGCCUUUUGGCUCUCCCUGCCCCCAUCUUAGCCUCUGAUGUAUAGACCAUUCUCCCUGGACACCAGCUACCAGAUUACAACUUAAUAAAGAAACCAACACGA